AGACCGUCAAAUCCAUUCAAAGAUGAUAGACCAUUCCGGGAGAGGGUAGAGAAGCGAGGCCAUCCAGUCAUUCCAUCUGCAGAAGCAAAUGGAGAGUGCUCUUCUAUCGGCCUCACCAAUUCUACCUUUACGUCUACGGCCCAAAGAUGUUCUUGCAGUUUCAAUGAAAUGUCAGAGCUCAUUAUAUUGUAGCAAAGGUACAUACAAUGGUAUGAUUGUGAGGAAAAAUGUAAGCUCAGCUGGCAAAAGAAGCCCUCUUGCAGUCAAUUCGAUGGCCCUUCCCUUUUGGCAGUUCAGAAGGAAAACAAAGAGAGAGACCAUUGUUCCCGACCCGGAUUAUCGUAUCCCCAUUGUGCUUCUAGGCACGGCUGGUGUUCUGAUUUAUACAGAUAAUCUACUAGCAGCAGCUCCUACCGGUCUUCUCGGGUUACUCUUGUUAUUCCAGACUACAAGAGUGAGAUUUGUCUUUGACGAUGAGGCUCUGGAGGUUAAAGUAGGGGCGCGGCUAGAGGAGUCUGGCAAAAAUGUGUUUGUUAGUGGAAAAAACCGGUGGAAAUACUUGACGUUUGUGAACUGGGAGAUGUGGUGGCCAAACUUCCCCAUUUUAGUUUAUUUCAAAGAGACACAGACGAAGCCCGAAGGCCAAGUGCACUUUUUCCCUGUAAUAUUUAAUGGGAAGCAAUUGUAUGAUGCUAUGGUUGAAAGAUGCGGCUCGUCGGAAACGAGCAGUCCUCAAUAGCCCUGAAGAUGUGCAAAGAUCACAUUCAUAUGCUUGGAGAAAUCAUUUCUUUUCAUACCUUAUUGUUCUACUCUUCUGCCAACAAGCUUUGCAGUCAAAGAAUUCCAUUUCAUAAUGUGCAACUUAUUGGCAUUUCUGUUUCCCUGUGAAACAUGGUCAAUUAACUGUGUAUUGAGUUCAAUUAUAGAGAUAGAACCAUUUAUAGAGCUCAAAUAAGUGUGUAUUGAGUAUUUAUUGCCUACAAAUUAUAGAGCUCAAAUCAGAUCCAUUUAAUAUCAAAUGGGAUGCUCACCGAUAUACCCAUGAAAAUGCUGUUAGCAAAUUUCAAUUUCACUAGCUGGUGAGUUACAAAAACUAAUGCAUAAAGAAAACUCAAUCAU